AUGUCGAAACUGGCCUACCGCCUACAUCGUAGAUUCGUAUGGCUUCUUUCGGCGGCCUCUUCACAUUUUGGAACUGCACCUCUAAACGGAUUUCUCGGCUGCCUGCGGAUAUUCGCUCGUAUCAUUUGCCUCUUUUCGUUGCGGCUAUUGUCGUCGUCGUCGUUGUCAAAUCUCACCAAAGUUACUAAACAAGCAAACCAGGUAAUCAAGCUGCGCUAUCUCGACGGAGUCCAACGUCUCAGAUCUAUCCGAACCCCUAUUGAAUGUCCCCACGGCUCGCCCUUGCGGUAUGCGCGGAGCAGGCGUAUAGCAAAAGACACCGGUCCAUUAUUGCGGGAUUUGCGUCGUCCGUAAUU